UCAGUGGGAGCUGGAUGGCAGAGGGAGUCCUGUCUCAGUUCGUGUCCGUUUAAGUUGUGUGAAUAUGGCUUUGCAUGUUUACGUGUAUGGGAAAAUUAAAGGUGUGAAUGUAACAUGUUAGUGGCACACUGCCAAUGUGGGUGUGAACUUUAGGGUGCCAGUGGUCUGCGAAAGUUUGGGGUUGUUAUGGGCGCGCUGUAAGUAUAGGAGUGGGUGAAUUUUGGGGUAUUAGUGGGAUGAACUUUAAGCUGCCAGUCGGUUACUUUCAUAUUGUGGGAAAGUGUUGAAAGAGUAAUCGCUGAUCAGAUUCUUGUAUUAAAAGAGUGACUUCACUUUCAAAAGUCUUUUGUUCUAAAAUUAUUUUCUGAUAAGGACUUGAAAGGUGAUACCUAAACACAAGGACUUUUUAAGACCAUCUAAUUAUAAUACUUUUAAUGCCUGUGAUCAUCAGGAGGAUUUUUGAGCUAUGAUUUCUUUGAUGAUAUGAACACUUGUAGAUUUUUUAAGGCUGAAAAAUAUUUGGGGAUGUAAUUGUAAUUUUUAAUAGCUGAGUACAUUUUCAGCAUUGGGUUUUCUGGGGUGAUGCUGCAGAAUGAAGUGGACUUUAUGUCCCUUGGCAUACAAAGGAACAAGACAGAGCUGCUGUGACUUUAUGUAUGCCUUAAAAUGGAUUUGGACCAGGCUGAUGAGAAUGUAGAUGAUAAUCAAUGGGUUUGCAUGCGAAAGAGAGUUAGGGAAAUUAAGGAGACCCUGCCACCUAGUAAGAAAACAAGCAAUAACAACAUCAGUGUUUCUGAAAUGACUCAGAAGCAAAAGGAGGACAUGCAGUCUGAAGCAUCAGUAACCCAGGACCAUAUGGACCAGGUUAACUCGGACAGUCAAGAGGACCUCUUUGGAGACUAUGAUGGUUUUGGAGAUGACAGCUGGUUACAGGCACAGUUUGAAGGUUCAGAAAGAAAACAUUUUGUUUGUACUUCAAGUCCAAAGAAUAAUGAAGGGGAAAAUACUCUAACAUUUCAGAAUUCUGGCACGCUUAAUUUACAAAAUGAUGAGAAAAUUCACAAACUUUCAGAAGAUGUUGAAUCAAUUAAAGAUUCCUGUAGGAGCAGAAGUACUGUUAGAACUGAACAGUCUUGUUCUAAAACUUUGUCUGUGUUGCAUGCUGGAAAUAUAGAUGAACUGGAUGAAUUACCAAGCUCACAGCUUGCACUAAUGGAGGAAUUUGACUCUCCACUGGUAAAACAUGAAAGCAAAACCGUAGAGCCAAAAGCCAACCUGCCAUUGAACUGCAUUGUGGAGGACCAUUCUAGCAAUCCUUUAUUCUUGAAUAAAGGAAUAGAAAAUCUUAAUGCGCAAAACCAAUGGAGGACACCAAAUUCUGGAACACAUAAGCAGCUAAGCCUCAAAGAUCAGAUGAAAAAUGUAAUGGCUGAAAAUGCUAAGUCGCCAACACCACAGUUAUCAAGAAGUAAACAGCUGAAGGAGAUUAUCCUAUCUGAACAAAUAGAUGUUGCAAUGAAAACUAUUGAAGCUACUACAGAUAUUGAUAUGGGCCCUUUUUAUGGACUUCCAAGCAAAGUUAAGGAUUUGAUGUUCCAGUUCAAAGGCAUCAAAGAGCUUUACGAGUGGCAACAUGCUUGCCUGACAUUAAAAUCUGUGCAAGAAAGAAAAAAUCUUAUUUAUUCUCUGCCAACAAGUGGUGGGAAGACAUUGGUUGCUGAAAUUUUGAUCAUGCAAGAGCUACUGUGCAGGAAAAGAGAUGCACUGUUUAUUUUGCCAUAUGUGGCUAUUGUCCAGGAGAAGGUGCGAGAUCUUUCAGCUUUCGGAAUAGAAUGUAAUUUCUUAGUGGAAGAGUAUGCUGGAACUAAAGGCAGGUUCCCACCAAUCAAGCGAAGAAAGAAGAAUUCUCUGUAUAUUGCAACCAUUGAGAAAGCCCACAGUUUAGUUAAUUCCCUAAUAGAAACAGAAAGGAUUAAUGCUUUGGGUCUUCUUGUGGUUGAUGAGCUGCACAUGCUUGGUGAAGGGAGCCGCGGAGCAGUACUGGAAAUGACAUUGUCUAAAAUCCUCUACACGACCAAAACCACACAAAUCAUUGGAAUGAGUGCAACCCUGAACAAUGUCUCUGAUUUGCAGCAAUUUCUGAAGGCAGAACAUUAUACCAGCAACUUUCGACCUGUCCAGUUAAAAGAAUAUGUUAAAAUUCGUGAUAGUAUUUACGAGGUGGACAGCAAAUCAGAGGAUGGUUUUGUAUUUGCUCGACUAUUGAACUACAAGUAUUCAAGUCAAAUGGAGAAAAUUGAUCCAGAUCAUCUUAUUGCACUUGUGACUGAAGUUAUUCCGAAGUAUUCUUGUCUUUUGUUCUGUCCAACCAAAAAGAAUUGCGAAAACGUGAGCAAGAUGCUCUGCAAGUAUUUAAACAAGUCAUUGCUUUCAGUCAAGAAGAAAGAGAAGUGUGCUCUUAUUGAGGAGUUGAAAACCAUAGGAAAUGGUGUGAUAUGCCCAGUUUUACGUGGAACUGUGCCAUAUGGAUUAGCAUACCAUCAUAGUGGGCUGACAAAUGAUGAAAGAAAAGUUUUAGAGCAGGCCUACUCUGCAGGAAUACUCUGCUUGCUAACUUGUACGUCCACACUUGCUGCUGGUGUUAACCUACCAGCUCGGAGGGUUAUUCUGAGAUCUCCUUAUGUUGCCAGAGAUUUUCUAAAAAGAAAUCAGUACAGACAGAUGGUUGGGAGAGCUGGCCGAGCUGGUAUUGAUACAGAAGGAGAAAGUAUUCUGAUAACACAGGAACAGGAUAAGAAGCUGGUUACAGACUUGAUAAGUAGACCAGUAGAGUGUUGCUACAGCAAUCUUAUACAAGAUGGUGAAAAAGGAAUUAAAGAUCUGCUGCUAUCCCUUAUUGGACUAAAGAUUGCUCAGACACUUGAUAAAAUUGUUGAGUUCAUGGAAAUCACUUUGCUUGGAGUGCAGAAGCAACACCAUUUCAAAGAAAAAAGCAUUUUGGAAGUCAUAGAACAAGCUCUUCAGCCUUUGAUGGAAAAAGGUUUAAUAAAAGGCCGAGUAUCGAGGAGUAGUGAAAGUGAAGAGAGAAGCUCUCAACUGGAAAUCACAAAUCUGGGUCACGCUGCUUACAAAGGGUCAAUAGACUUGGCUUACUGUGAUACUUUAAACAUGGAUUUGAAGAAAAGUUUGGAGGGAUUGGUGCUUGACAACUACCUUCAUUUAAUUCACUUGGUAACACCAUAUGAUAUGGUUUCCCAAUGUUCUCCAGAUUGGAUGAUUUAUUUUAGACAGUAUCAUCAGUUGGAUGUAAUUGAACAAAAGGUCUUCGCCACUGUAGGUGUACCAGAAAGCUUCCUUACAAAGAAGGCAUCUGGUCAAGCAGUCAAGAAGGCUAUAAAUUGGUUUGUCGUAAGAAGGUUGUACCUGACUUUGGUCCUUUACUCGCUUUUCAAAGAGAUGAACAUGUGGGCUGUGGCACAGAAGUUUAACCUCCCCCGUGGCUUUAUUCAGAAUUUGUUGAGCUCGGCAGCAGCUUUCUCCUCUAGUGUCCUGCAUUUCUGUGAGGAAUUAGAGGAAUUCUGGGCAUAUCGAGCUCUCUUUACAGAUCUGACUCAGAAACUAUCAUACUGUGUGAAACCGGAACUUAUUCCUCUUAUGGAAGUAUCAGGUGUCCGAGAGGCUCGAGCUCGACAGUUAUACAAUGCUGGUUAUAAGUCUUUAUCGUAUCUGGCUAAUGUAAGCCCUGAAACACUGGUCAAAUCAGUUGAACAUAUGUCCAGACGCCAAGCUAAUCAAAUAGUUUCUUCUGCUAAGAUGCUGCUAAAUGAAAAAGCAGAAGCUUUACUAGAAGAAGUAGAAAAGCUAAUGAGACGACCCAUUGACUUACUAUAAGAGGGUGUACCUAAUCGAUUUUGCCAUCAACUUACCAAUCUGCAACUACUGUUAUUCACAAUUGCUAAUGAACAAAGAGAUGUAGUCUGUACUGCACAUGCAACUGCAACACAUUCUUGAACUAAGUGGGGUUUUAGCUUAUUUUAUUAUAUUUUUAGACUCAGUAGAAAAGUUGUCCAAGUAUGCAAAAACUGCCUUUGUCUAAACUACAAUGUAUAUAGUUGUUCAUGUAGAAAGAAUGGAGUAACUUCAAAAUUGUGCCAUUAUUCAAACUUGUGUUCAUACCUUUUUUAUAAAAGUACAUAAAGCAAGUGCAAUAAAAUAUUAGAAACUUAUAUUGCUUAUAUGCUUUUGAGUGGUUCUGGGGAGUGGGA